UGCUAGAGUCCGUGGAUACGGUUGCUAUGGUGGAAGAUGGUGAAGGAGGCUAUCCGCAUCUACUGCCGGCUCCGACCCCACAACCGCCGCCACACAUCCGGGAUAUAUUCCAUCAACCAAGAUGAAUGUGGAGCCUCUUCGUUGGAGAUCACCGUUCCCCGGGAUCUGGCCGAUGGAUUUGUUAAUAAUAAGCGGGAGAUUUACAAGUUCAGAUUUCAAGAGACCUUUGACCAAGACGCAAAGCAGGAAGCAGUGUUUGAUCACAUCGCCAAGCCGGUGGCAGAGAGUGUCCUGACUGGCUACAAUGGCACCGUAUUUGCCUAUGGACAGACUGGCAGCGGCAAGACGUUCACGAUUACUGGAGGAGCCGAACGUUACAGUGACAGAGGAAUCAUCCCCAGGACCUUGUCCUAUGUCUUUGAGCAGUUCCAGAAGGACAGCAGUAAAGUGUACACCAUCCACAUCUCCUACCUGGAGAUCUACAACGAGUGUGGAUAUGAUCUGCUCGAUCCCAGACACGAAGCCUCCAAGCUAGAGGACCUCCCAAAAGUGACCAUCAUGGAGGAUCCCGAUCAGAACAUCCAUCUGAAGAAUCUAUCCCUUCACCAGGCCAACACUGAGGAGGAGGCCCUCAAUCUGCUCUUUCUGGGGGACACAAAUCGCAUGAUAGCUGAGACUCCAAUGAACCAGGCGUCCACCCGCUCUCACUGCAUAUUCACAAUGCAUAUCUCCAGCAAGGAGCCCGGCUCUGCCACCGUCCGCCGCUCCAAGCUACACCUAGUGGAUUUGGCUGGAUCUGAGAGAGUUGCAAAGACAGGAGUGGGGGGACAGCUUCUAACUGAGGCCAAGUACAUCAACUUAUCCUUGCACUACUUGGAACAGGUCAUUAUCGCCCUGGCGGAGAGGAAUCGCUCUCACAUCCCAUAUAGGAACUCCAUGAUGACCUCUGUACUGCGGGACAGUCUGGGAGGCAACUGCAUGACGACCAUGAUUGCCACGCUGUCUAUGGAAAAAAGGAACAUUGAUGAAUCGAUUUCCACAUGUCGCUUUGCCCAGCGAGUGGCGCUGAUAAAGAAUGAAGCCCUGCUGAAUGAGGAAAUCGACCCUCAAUUGAUGAUUGUUCGUCUGAAGAAAGAGAUCCAGGCUCUAAAAGACGAGUUGGCCCUAGUGACUGGGGAGCCUCGAACGGAUGACCUGACUCAGGAAGAGACACUAAGGCUCGAUGAGCAGACACACAAUUUCCUUGAUGAUGGAGACCCAGAAAGCACCUUGAACAUUGGCGCAGACAUGCGGAAAAUUCACUACUGCUUUGCUUUACUGAAGAGACUUCUCCGUGACAGGAAACCAUCUGAUGUGAGAAUAUCUUCUCCUGAGAUCACUACAGAAAGACCUGGAUUUUCCGAUGUCCGUCCAGAAGAGCUUAAGAAGCUCCGAGACCUUCUCCAGCAGAGAGACAAUGAAAUCAAUAUAUUAGUCAGCAUGCUGAAGAAAGAGAAGAAGAGGAAUCAGGAUGCCAUGUAUGAAAUGAGCCAGUCUGGUGGCCAGCUUCGUUCACAUAGUGAUGCCAACCUUGGUGGGAGCCCAGCAUGGAAGGGUCCUGCAACACAUUCAGCUUCUUCCUUCCAACAAGUCAGCGACAGGAUGGCCGUGGAAUUGGAAUCUAGACCCGCUGCUUUCCACAAGAGGGCAGGGGAGAAAAUGUCUUUGGGCCGCCAAGAAGCAUUUGAAAUCUUCAAGCGAGAUUAUGCGGACAGAGUCGGCAUCGAAGACAACAAAGCUCUCCUGAAGCAAAGGUUUGCAGAAGCCAAAUCAUUGGGUGAAGAAGUGAAUAAUGUGAGGAACAGAAUCAGUGAGGUUCUAGUCUUUUCCUCUUUUACUACCUUUGGGGACAUGUUUGUACGUUUACACCCUAUGGUCCUUGUGUGGUUCACGUCAAGGAUUGAUAUCCCUGCUCACAUCUUUCCUAUUGCUUGCUACUUGAUGAAUUUGAAAGCACACAAAGCCAUACACUGUGCAAAUUUCGGCCUGCUGCUCAAGAAAUUUCCACAGUGGGUGCAGCUGUCGGCAGUCUUUCAGCCGGUAUCCCUCGAUCAGCUGAUCAAAGGAGUCGCUCUGAAAAUCUUUGUUUGA